GGGGGGUGCUGUGAGGAGCCGAGGGCCGGGGGUGAGGUAACGCUUGUCCGGCCGGGUGGUGCAGGAAGAGGCCGCGGUUCGGGAGAGGAGUCGAUUUGUCCCUGUUGCUCUUCUACCGACAAACCUCUCAUCGAGGCAGCGACUAACUGAGUGUCAACAUCUCUGUGCCACUGUUGGCAGUUCCAGAAGAGUGACAUGGGGAAGAGUUGUAAAGUCGUGGUGUGUGGGUUGGCAUCUGUUGGAAAAACUGCCAUUUUGGAACAGCUUCUUUAUGGAAACCAUGCUGUUGGUUCUGAGACAAAUGAAACCCUGGAAGAUAUUUAUGUUGGUUCCAUAGAGACGGACCGUGGUGUCCGGGAACAGGUUCGCUUUUACGACACCAAAGGCCUGAGAGAAGGUUCCGAGCUUCCCAAGCACUACUAUUCCUUUGCUGAUGGGUUUGUGCUGGUGUACAGCAUAGAUAGUCGGGAAUCCUUCAAACGUGUUGAAGCUCUCAAAAAGGAAAUCGACAGAUCCCGAGAUAAGAAAGAGGUGACCAUUGUAAUUCUGGGGAACAAGUGCGACCUUCAGGAAGGGCGACGUGUGGAUCACGAUGCUGUUCAGCAGUGGGCAAAAAUGGAGAAGGUUAAACUCUGGGAGGUGUCUGUGACAGAGCGCAAGACUCUGAUCGAGCCUUUUGUCUAUCUGGCCAGCAAGAUGACGCAGCCUCAGAGCAAGUCCACCUUUCCCCUUAGUCGGAAAAAGGGGAGUGGCUCAAUUGACACUUGAUAACAAAUGUAGAGGUGCCAUUGAAGUGCAAUAUUUUAUUUCAUUCCUGCAAAGUGUAUAUCCAGCAAGAGCUACACUUAUUUAUGUUGUUAACGUUUUUUCUUCAUGUAAUAAAUCUAUCGAGUCUUACCAAAGCAAAAUUUUAAAAUAUGAUUGGAUUAGUUUUGAAAUGCAGUGCAUGUAUUAUGUAAAGUUAUAAAGUAUCAGAUUCUGUAAGAAAGAAUCAAACAUGAAUCAUCUGUACAACUA